GAUGAAGACGAUUGGGAGGGCCUCUGCGGUCGGCUGCUGAUAACGCUACUCCUGUUGCUGCUGGUUCUGCUCCUCAUCGUCGCUGGGUUCGCGCUCGGUCCGCGGUUCAAGGGUCCGCUGUUCGGACCGCGCCCAUCGGCCACAGGUCAAGUGGUUAAGACUACCACAACUACAACCACCACUACUACUACGACCACCACUACAACAACCACAACAACCCCAACUACUACUACGACCACCACUACAACAACCACAACAACCCCAACUACUACUACCAACGCAACCACAAGCUCCACUACAACGACCAGAAGACCACUGCCCAAUAAGGUGUGUCUUCAUUCUCGCGGCUCCUACAUGUUCUGCGAGAACAGUAGAGAGGGCUACUAUUACGACGGCAAACUGAAGAAGUGCGUCGCGACAAGGGACGAGCAGUACUUCGUCUGCAACAACGGCCCCAACCGGUUCGACAACGACUCCGAGUGCAACACUUACUGCAAGCAACGCCAUCCUCCCGAGCCGAGGUGCGAAGAGGCCCCAGUGUUCGUCCCGUGCGAAAAGAAGCACUUAACGGUGACGUGGUGGUUCUUUGACGGCACGAGAUGCGUGGAGUGGGACUUCUCCGGCGGAGAGUGUCCACAGAUCGCGGACACGAACUUCCAGUACAAGACGAAGAGGGAGUGCGAUGAGAGUUGCACGAAGGACCCGAUGCACGCCGUGUUCUACGGCUGCUACUCGCAGGGUGGCGGGGACGCCUGCGCGACGGAACACAUUCGCGAGCCCUGGUUCGCGUUCCGCCACCCGAACGGGACAUUAGACUGCCACCUGGCGGACAUCAGCACCAUCAACGAGCACCGCUGUGUCGACGAAGACCGCUGGUUCGAGCACCUCGAGGACUGCGAGGCCACAUGCAUGCGGAGCUCUAGUCUGGCUCCCGAGGCACCACCACCUAUCAUUCGGCGGCAGCGCACCAGUGUGAAUUUCACGACCGGCAUGCAUGAUGCAGCCAAGAAGGCGCUAGAAGCAAACCACUGAUACGCGUGGCGGUGCACACACUGCGACAUGCGACGUGUUGGCGAAUGUUACUAGAGGACAGAUACAAGCUGCACGCGUGAGCGUCUUUUAUGCCUGACGCACGAGUAUUCCUUUAGUAUGUGUAAAUACAGCAUUUACGUGCUA